AUGGUACAGACUAUCAUCCCGAUCGUCUCCCAGCGGACUUCCCCGCAUGCGACCCGGCCUUCGCAUCAGCAGGAGACCCCCGCCCGGACUCACGCACCACUUCCCGAGCUCCCCACCUCGCCUCGAAACCCGGUAGCCUGGCCCGGGAGCCGAGAGGCAGAAGACACCGUGAGCCGCCCCGAGCCCGAGGCUCCAUCCGUCGACUCAACAAAUGCCUUGCGAGCUCAGUUGCGCCUCGUCAGUCAACGACUCGAUGAAGUACAACAAGAAGUUCGUAAGUCAAAAGGAGAGCUUGGGGCAGACGGACAGCAAGGAUCCCCGUUCACCCCCGAGAUACAAGAUCAAGCGAUCCCGCCGCAUUUCCGCCUUCCCUCGCUAGAUGCGUAUGACGACGCCGCUAACCCAGCAGACCACGUGGCCGCUUUUCGCGCCCAGAUGGCGCUAUACGGGACUUCUGACGCCUUGAUGUGCAGGGCAUUCCCGACAACCCUGCGGGGGCCAGCCCGCGUGUGGUACAGCGGCCUGAAGGCUGGGACCGUCGCCUCCUUCGAUCAACUUGCCAAAGAUUUCGAGCUUAACUUUCUGGCUUACGCUCGACCAAAGCCGUCCGUGGCGUUGCUCCUCGGACUUAACCAAAGGGAGGACGAGCCUCUCUCCCAUUUUGUGAACCAUUUUACGACCCAAAUUCGGGGACUAUCGGACGUUCACCCCUCUCUAUUGAUGCAGGCAUUCAUGACAGGCAUGCGGCCUUCCAGGUUCUUUUGGUCUCUCGUAGAGCGGCCCCCCGCCGCGGUCCCCGAGAUACUCCAGCGUGCUAGCCAGUUCAUUGUCGCGAAGACAUGGAUGGCUGAAAAGCGGGAGGAGCACAAAAAGGUCAAGUCGGAGCUGCCCCGACAGCAACAACCCGCCGCGUCCCGGCGUAAGUUGGACAGAUCCGACCCAAGGCCUCCCCUCCCCACCUUGAAUUCGUCCCGGACAGAAAUAUUUCUCCAUGAGAAGGAGAAAGGGCUACUCAGGGAUCCUCACCCGAUGAGGAACCCGCGAGAACUCGCGGACCGUUCAAAAUAUUGCCGCUUCCAUCGGCAGCAUGGACACGACACUGAACAGUGCCAUGAAUUGAAAAGGCAAAUUGAGGAGCUCAUUCGCAAAAGGCAUCUUGGCCAAUACUUCCGGCCGGACAAAGAGCUGUCACCACGCCCGGAAGGCCCCAUCGAGCGACAUGUCGACGUAAUAGCUGGCGGUCCUGCAUCGUGGGGGGGCUCCAUGUCGGGAAGAAAGGCGUACGCCCGAGCCGCCCCAGACGAAGCCCCCGGACACGGGCCCGAGCCCGAGAUUACUUUCCUAACCGGAGUAUCUGAGUAA